AACAAAAGAUUUUAACGAACUACAUUAAUAUUCGAUAGUUAAUAUUAUUCCUUCCUCUAAAAAAAAAGAACUUCUUUUUAAUUUAUUUUUCCAAGAGCUAAUAUGUGGAAGCUGAAGAUAGCAGAAGGAAAGGAUCCGUUGCUAGUGACCGUAAACAAUCAUAUUGGACGACAACAUUGGGAGUUUGAUGAAGAGGCUGGAACGCUAGAGGAACGAGCUGAGGUUGAAAGGGUUAGGGAGGAAUUUAAGAGGAAUCGUUUUAAGACCAGACAAAGUGCUGAUCUCUUUAUGAGAAUGCAGUUGAGAAAAGAAAACCAAAGUUUGGCAAUGCCCGAAGCAAUCAAAUUAAAGGAAACAGAGGAAAUAACAGUAGAAGCAUUAAACACAACACUGAAGAGAUCCAUAAACUACUUUUCAAGUAUCCAGGCCCAUGAUGGUCACUGGCCCGCUGAAUCUGCCGGCCCAUUAUUCUUCCUGCCUCCGCUUGUAAUAGCCUUGCACAUUACAGGAACAACCAAUAAAAUUCUAUCUCCUCAACACCAAAAGGAGAUCAAACGUUACAUCUACAAUCAUCAGAAUGAAGAUGGAGGAUGGGGACUUCAUAUAGAAGGGCAUAGCACAAUGUUCGGCUCAGCAAUUAGCUACAUUGCCUUAAGGCUGCUAGGAGAAGGCCCUGAUGACGGUGAAGAUAACGCCGUUGCGAGGGGUCGUCAAUGGAUCCUAGACCAUGGUGGUGCCACUGGCAUCCCAUCGUGGGGAAAAUUUUGGCUCACGGUGCUUGGAGUGUACGAGUGGGAUGGGUGCAACCCAAUGCCCCCAGAGUUUUGGCUACUCCCUGAAAUUUCACCUAUGCAUCCAGGGAAAAUGUUGUGCUAUUGUAGGUUGGUGUACAUGCCAAUGUCAUAUCUAUAUGGGAAGAGAUUUGUUGGUCGAAUUACUCCCCUCAUUCUAUCACUCAGAAGGGAGCUUUACAAUCAACCUUACCAUGAGAUUAAUUGGAACAAGGCUAGAAAUACAUGUGCUAAGGAGGACCUUUACUAUCCACAUCCCCUAAUACAAGACAUGGUAUGGGGAUUCCUUCACAACUUUGUUGAGCCAGUACUUAACCGUUGGCCCUUUUCAAAGCUUAGGGAGAAAACGAUGAAAAUUGCCAUGGAACACGUACACUAUGAAGACAUGAACAGCAGAUAUCUCUGCAUUGGCUGUGUGGAAAAGGUUCUCUGUUUGAUAGCUUGCUGGGUGGAAGAUCCAAAUUCAGAAGCAUACAAGAAACAUCUAGCGCGAAUCCCAGAUUACUUAUGGGUAGCAGAAGAUGGGAUGAAGAUGCAGAGUUUUGGUUGCCAAAUGUGGGAUGCAGCCUUUGCAAUCCAAGCAAUUUUUGCAAGUGGUCUCACACAAGAGUAUGCACCUACACUUAACAAAGCACAUGAUUUUGUCAAAGCCUCACAGGUGAAAGAAAAUCCUUUUGGAAACUUUGAAGAAAUGUAUAGACAUAUUUCAAAAGGUGCAUGGACUUUUUCAAUACAAGAUCAUGGUUGGCAGGUCUCUGAUUGCACUGCUGAAGGCCUCAAGACUGCACUUCUAUACUCAAGAUUUCCCUCCAACCUUGUGGGUGAAAAAAUUGAAGCAGAGCGCUUGUAUGACGCUGUUAAUGUCAUUCUCUCUCUCCAGAGUAAAAAUGGUGGAUUUCCAGCUUGGGAGCCCCAGAGAGCUUUUCGUUGGCUUGAGAAAUUCAAUCCAACGGAAUUCUUUGAAGAUGUUCUAAUCGAAAGGGAGUAUGUGGAGUGCACUUCUUCAGCAAUUCAAAGUCUUACACUCUUCAAGAAGUUAUACCCUGGACAUAGGAAGAAAGAGAUUGAAAGGUGUAUUGCUAAAGGGCUACACUACAUUGAAGAGACACAAAACCCUGAUGGUUCCUGGUAUGGUUGUUGGGGGAUCUGUUAUACUUAUGGAACAUGGUUUGGAGUUGAGGCAUUGACAACUUGUAGGAAGAUGAACUACUACAAUAGCCUUGCAUUGCGCAAGGCUUGUCAUUUUUUGCUGUCAAAGCAAUUGCCUGAUGGUGGGUGGGGGGAGAAUUUUCUCUCUAGUCCAAACAAGGUUUACACAAACAUAGAAGGGAACAAGUCCAAUUUGGUGCAAACUUCUUGGGCAUUGUUGUCCCUUAUUAAAGCAGGAUUUGGGGAUGUGGAUCCAACCCCCAUAGAACGAGGAAUAAGAUUAUUAAUCGACUCACAGAUGGACGAUGGAGACUUUCCACAACAGCAUAUCGGAAUAUCUUUCCUAUAUGGGCUCUUGGUGAAUAUCGCCAUCUACAAGCGAGGAAAUCAAUUAGGUUUUAACCUCAAAGACCCUCGGAUUUUCGACUUGGAUAUCAAUACUUUAAGAUCUUGUAUGCGAGGGUGUGUGCACGUCAUAUAUGCGAGGGGCACCGUACAAAUUAUGUACUCCGUAUACGAUGAUUUUACAAAUGUAAUUUGGCGAGUAUGGUUAUUAAAUCAUUUCCCAAUUUAGUGUUAGAAAUUUAAGAAAUUCUCAAUAAUUUAGUGUUUAAUUUGUUCGAAGUGUCAAUGUAGAGUUGGAUUACCAACCUAUUUUUUAGUAUUCUAAAAGGGGGAAAAGCUUUUUUUUUCUUACACCAACUAGCCAUGCAUGAAUAUUUCUGUCAAUAUUUUUUACAACAAUAUAUGUCACUCAUUAUAGCUAUGGAGUAUGAAGUACGUAUAUAUUAACAUACUUUAAAUUUAGCUAACAUGAACAGAUAAAAAUAAGUGAAACCCAUGUGUUACACAAAAAUAAAACAAAGAACUAAUUUUUACUACGACUAAGUAACAAAAUUUGAUCUCCCACUUUU